UAGAGGAGCCGAGGAGGAGGAGGAGGAGGAGGAGGAGAGGGAAUGAGACUGCUGGAUGUAGAGCUGUGACUGUGGAGCGCCGAGGAGAGGACCGUGGGCUUCUUUUUUUCUCCGGGACUGUUCGGACUUCUUCUCUCUCCAGUAAGAUGCAGCACUAAUGAGCACCCAUCUGCCUUUAGAUGAGUGAAGCACAACAAAGACAGCUGAACAUCAACAGCCCACAGUAACAGUGGAAUAUAGGCAGAUACUCCCGAGGGACCUCGGAGACGCACAUUUUCCACUAUGAACCGCGCCUUCAACAGGAAAAAAGAUAAAUCAUGGAUGCACACUCCGGAAGCACUGGCUAAGCAUUACAUCCCCUACAAUGCCAAGUUCCUUGGAAACACAGAGGUUGAAGCCCCCAAAGGCACAGAAGUUGUAAAGGAUGCAGUGAGGAAGCUGAAGUUUCAGAGACAUAUCAAGAAGUCAGAGGGACAAAAGACCCCCAAAGUGGAAUUACAGAUCUCCAUUUAUGGCGUGAAGAUACUAGAUCCCAAGACAAAAGAUGUGCAGCAUAACUGUCAGUUACACAGGAUAUCCUUCUGUGCAGACGACAAAACUGAUAAAAGGAUAUUUACUUUCAUCUGCAAAGACUCUGAGUCCAACAAACACCUUUGCUAUGUGUUCGACAGUGAAAAGUGUGCAGAAGAGAUCACUCUAACAAUCGGCCAGGCCUUCGACUUGGCCUACAAGAAGUUCCUGGAGUCUGGAGGCAAGGACGUGGAGACCAGGAAACAGAUUGGAACCCUACAGAAAAGAAUUCAAGAACUGGAGACGGAAAACUCUGAGCUAAAGCAACAGCUUCAAGAUCUGGAAGAGCAGCUGAUGAUAGCUCACGUGCCACCACCGCUGCACAUAAACGCAGCUAAUGAAGCGUACAUGCUGCAGAGGCCCUCCUCUCUCUUCUGGUGUCACAGCAUCACGUCGCUCUCCUGUCUGGAGAUCUCCUCUGUCACGCUCACUCCCAUGAGCUCGCCGGAGUCCAACCUGUCCAGCGGCCUACUAACUCCUCCUCCUGCCAAACCUGCUCUCCUUCCUCCUAAGCUUCCCGAGGGAUGCAGCAUCCCACGGCCUCGCGCAGGAAGUAUCUCCAUCAAACCACAAUCUACAGAUGUGUUCGACAUGGUUCCCUUCUCCCCUGUGACACCACUGAUGCCCAGCAUGGCCAGCAACGGUUGCCCCCCACCACCACCCACCACAUUACCACCAGAUAUUAGGAAAGACUUGUUUGGCGCGGAGCCGUUUGAUCCGUUCACCUGCGGGUCAGCUGACUUCCCUCCAGAUAUCCAGUCAAAGCUGGACGAGAUGCAGGAGGGGUUCAAAAUGGGACUAACCUUGGAGGGCACCGUGUUCUCUCUGGACCCGCUGGACAGCCGCUGCUGAUGCCAAGAAGAUGCUCUUUGUCUCGUACCAUGAACUCGUUUGUAUGAAGAAGUGCCAAAAUCCACUCCGCGGUCGAGUCAAGAUGUCACACUUUUCAUCUUGAGGUUUAUAUGCAUUUGCAUUUAGAUUGGUUUUUUCGAUAUUUCAAGGUAAACUCAGAUCCAUUAUAGAAAAGAACUAUUUUUGUAAAGAGAAGUACUUUUGCUUGCACAGGCAAUGAGAGAUGUAAAUAGUCGAAUAUGUCCAAUGGUACACUUUCAUAUGAGACCGUUUGUGUGUAUGCACCAUUUGAAUUCUGUAUUGUUAACACAUUCCUGUUUGUAUGACCAACACAAGCUGGUGAAGAAAAUAAAUGGAAUCUGUAUCAUUAACGCAAACUUUCAGCUCGCCCAUAACGUCACAUAGCUUAUUUUACUCAUCGUAAGUCACACAGUAUGUAGUGAAUUAAUCCAGUCUGAUAUGUUUCAGCUUACUGAUCUUUCCACUUUUUAUUCUUGACAUGAGUUGUUACUUCUUUUUUUUUGCAUUUCACAAGUUUAAGUUGCCAUUUCAGUAUUUACUUGUCAUAUUUUUACUUUGUCAUAAUUUUAGUCUCCUCUUUUCUUGCACCAGAAGGCACUUUUUGUGGACAGCCUCUGUCCAUAUACAGUACUUUAUUGUUAGUACGUUCUUUUACUUUUGGUUGCAUUGACUUUGCUGUUACAGAUAUUAAAGAAAAUCUUACUGCAAAA